AUGAGUUUCCAAAAAAUUGUAGUAGAUCAACCAGUUGUCGAAAUGGACGGUGAUGAAAUGACCAGAGUAAUUUGGAAAAUGAUCAAGGACAAGUUAGUUCAUCCAUUUUUAGAUUUAAAGAUUGAAUAUUACGAUCUUGGUAUGGAACACAGAGAUGCCACUAACGACCAAGUCACAGUCGAUUGUGCCCACGCUAUCCAAAAAUAUAAUGUCGGUAUUAAAUGCGCUACCAUUACUCCAGAUGAAGCCCGUGUCGAAGAGUUCAAAUUAAAACAAAUGUGGAAAUCACCAAAUGGUACAAUUAGAAAUAUUCUCGGCGGUACUGUAUUCAGAGAACCAAUCCUUUGCAAAAAUGUUCCACGUCUUGUCAGUGGUUGGAAAAAAUCAAUUGUCAUUGGUCGUCACGCUCAUGGUGACCAAUAUAAAGCUACCGAUUUCGUUGUUAAAGGUGCCGGUAAAUUAGAAAUGACUUUUACUCCAGCCGAUGGUAGUGCUCCACAAAAAUUCACCGUUUUCGAUUUCCAAGAAGGUGGUGUCGCUAUGGGUAUGUACAAUACUGAUGAAUCCAUUGUUGGUUUCGCCAAAUCAUGCUUUGAAUACGCUCUUCAAAAAGGAUGGCCACUUUAUUUAUCAACUAAAAAUACUAUCCUCAAGAAAUAUGACGGUCGUUUCAAAGAUAUAUUCCAAGAGAUUUAUGAAAAGGAAUACAGAGGCAAAUACGAAGCUGCCAAGAUUUGGUAUGAACAUAGACUUAUUGACGAUAUGGUUGCCUAUGCUAUGAAGAGUGAUGGUGGUUUUGUUUGGGCCUGUAAAAACUACGAUGGUGAUGUCCAAUCCGAUUCUGUUGCUCAAGGUUAUGGUUCACUUGGUCUUAUGACUUCAGUCCUCCUCUGUCCAGAUGGUAAGACUGUUGAAGCUGAAGCUGCUCAUGGUACUGUCACUCGUCAUUAUCGUGAACAUCAAAAAGGAAGAGAAACCAGUACCAAUCCAAUCGCCUCUAUUUUUGCUUGGUCACGUGGUCUUGCUCAUCGUGCUAAAUUAGACGGUAAUGAUAGAUUAGCCAAAUACUGUAACGCCUUAGAAGCUGCCUGUGUUGAUUCAGUCGAAGCUGGUUUCAUGACUAAAGAUUUAGCAAUUUGCGUUAGAGGAACCACAAAUGUUCCACGUUCCGAUUACCUCAACACCGAAGAAUAUAUUAACAAAGUUAGCGAGUACCUUAUUAAAAACUUAACAUUGCAAAGUAGAUUAUAA